AUGUACUGCCGGGAGGCCGAAAAGGCUUUGCUGAUUACCAAGUACAAGGAGAAGUUCCUGGGCCCUCAGAGUCUGCAGGCCGAGGCGCCGAACGGCGAUGUCCUUUCCGUUACAGAGGCCAAUGUGGCACAGAUGGACAUGGACCAUGAGGCGGUCCCAGCUGUGGAGGAGGAUGCCAUGUCGUCCUACAGUGUCUCUGCGUACACAACAGGCAGCGUCCCGCUUGACAAACGACCUGCAGGAGCCGGCGCAGCGCCUCUGUCUGCAAGGGCAGCAACCCCGCAAAAGCCUCCUCUCACAGGAUCCGGUGCGCUGACGGCACGAUUGCCAAGCAAUCCUGUUAGAAGCAGAGAUGCCAGCGACAAGCCGUCUUCAGUGCUGGGCGAUGCAGCCUACUUGUCGGCCCCUGUUGCCCCUCCGGCGCUGGCGAGUAUCGGGGAGCAACACGAAGAAGCCGUCGCUGCAGCUCCGCCUGGACAAGACGGCUUGGAGUGGUCUGUGUUGGACAGACUGGCCGCCGAGUUGCACAAACAGGACAAUCAACGGGCCAGACAAAGAGAGCUCGAGUUGAAACAAAAGCUUCGGCAUGACCUUGACAGACAGAUGGCUGAUGAAAAGCUGAAGCAGGAGCGUGCCAAAGCUGAAGAGCAGCGCUAUCUUCAAAUUCAGGAAGAGCACUCCAAGAUUCGGGCGAUGGAGCUGGAGGCUCGAGCUUCAGCCCGACUCCGCAAGAUAGAAGCGACGCAGAAAGACAGGGAUGGCCAGCUUGCCUUGAUAAGAUCCCAAAGAGACGAGGAAAAGCAACGCCAGCAAGCAGAAAGGCAAGAGCUCCUGGACAGUUUGCACCGUGACAUGCAGCGGGAUCGGCAAGACGCUGAGGACCGCCUUAAAGCUCGCCGGGAUCAAGUCCACAAGGACUUUGCGGAGACCGCGGAAGCAUCAAAGGUGCGUAAGGCAAAGUCCGACGAACUGGCCCUCCACGAGCAACAGCAGGUCGAGGCCUACGAAAAGCUGCGAGCUCAUCGGGAGGAGAAGCGCCGAGAAGCAGCAGAGAAGGAAGCAGCGCAGAGAAAGGAGAUCGAGAAAAACGCGGGUCUUCGAGCUAUGGCCAUGCAGAAAAUGGCUGACGAUACGGAGCUCAAAGCAGCGGCAGAGCGGGCAGCAAAGGAGCUUGCAGCCGAGAGACAGGAACAGGCCACCCGUAAAAGGCUGGAAGACAUGAAGAAUCAGACGCAGGAGUACUUGCUGCAGCAGAUGAAGGAGAAACAGCUCAAGAAAGCAACAGAGGCAGAGAAAGCGAGGCAGCUCGCUUCUGCACAGGCAGCUGAGGCAAAACAACUCGAGGCCCAGGAACAAGAACGAAUGGCCCGCAAAAAGAAGAUGAUCCACGAUCAUCGCAAAGACCUUGAACGGCAGAUUGCUGCACAUGCCUCAGACAUUGGCCCACAGCCACAGCAAUGUCCAAGCCUAGAGUACCUGCUUCUCACUGCUGAGGCUAGAGCACGCCACGUGCCGCAGGUUGGAGUUUCUUAG